AUGGCCACAGUUAAGGCUGCUUCGAAGAUAGCUUCUGUCACUGUCUUGGCAACACCGCCCCACAAUAUAUCUCAGGACCAGUGCAUUACGUACCUGGCGCUGUCAUCGAGGCCUAUCCAAAGCAAUAACGCAGAAAAACGACACAUAGCUUUCCUAAAAGUCCAUAAGUGUGCAAGUUCUACACUAUUUAACAUAUUUUACAGGUUUGGACAACAAAGGCAUCUAACAUUCGUGAUUCCUCGCCAGGGACACAUCAUUGGACGAUCUACAGCCAUGCGAAAACGAAAACUUUUUCCACCUCCUGGGAAUAAGUCAUUUGAUAUUGCGUGCCUUCAUUCUAUUUUCGAGAAGGAGGUUUAUGAAGCUUAUCUACCGAAAGACACAAUAUACGUUGCUAUAAUUCGUGAACCAAUAAACCGCCUCGUAUCAGCAUUUUGGUACUACCUCACUCACUUCAAUAUUCCAUAUCUACGAAAGAUACCAGGGUCCGAUCCAGUAGGCACAUUUCUAUCGGAGCCAAGUAAAUACGAAAUCAAGGAUGUCUAUUAUUCUCAUACCAACAACAGAAUGGCACUUGACUUUGGUUUUCCUCCUCAACAUUUCGGAAACCUAUCCUACUUCAAGCAGUAUCUAACCCUGCUUGAUUCUAGAUUUGACCUCAUCCUUGAUGCAGACCUGUUCCCAGAGUCCAUUGUUCUUCUGAAACGGAAACUGAAUUGGAGCCUCAAGGACAUCCUGUACAUCGCACAAAAUAAACAGAAAAAGAAACCCGUUCAUUUGACAAAAUUGGUAACAUCGAAAGCAAAAGAUUUCUUACAUUUAGACUAUAUUCUAUAUAACCAUUUUUCAAGACGGCUUCGGGAGGAGAUUAGAAAUCAAGACGAGUCUUUCAAGGACGAAGUGGAGAACCUUCGUCGUGUUCAGCUGUAUGUGGCAAGGUUUUGUAUCGCUAGUGGCUCACAUGGCAUGGGUAAAGUCCUCGUCGUGGGGGCUACAAUGUGGAACCAAGAGUUCAGGGUAGACUUCUGUGACUGCAGCUACAUGGAACAAAAAGAAGUUUCAGCUGUAAAGAUGAUGAAAAAGAGCAUCUACACCCGCCUCAAGAAAGAAGGACCAAAUGAACCCUACUUUAUUAAACUGCCCAUGUGACGGCUCUCUCAGAGUUGCGUCCCUUAUGUGUGCUAGGAUCCCUUAAUCCCGGGUGCGAAUCCUUUUUUUCGCAAAGAUAAUGUUCCAUGGUUUGUCAGCACCAUACCUUGUCCUAGUCGGCUUCAUC